CGGAACUUCGGAUACACACACGCACGCAGCAGCACCGCGGAGCUCCUCGCGGAUGCCCGCGCGCCCGCCGCCGCCGCCGCUUGGCCUCGCCCGUCUGCCUGACGACAGAGCCUCCUCCGGCGAUGGAGCACCUCCAGUGGCAGAGGCCCCUCUAGUGACGGCUCCCUCUCUGGUGAUGACCCCCACCGGUGAUGGAGCCCCUCCCGUGCCAGAUCCUCUCCGGUGGCGGCCCCCUCCUGCGGCGGCCCCCUCCAGCGACGGGGUGCCUCCGGUGCCAGCGUCCCCUCCGGCGACAGAGCCCCCUUUGGUGACGGCCCCCUUCAGCGACGGGUUCAUGACCAAGGAGCAGAUGGAGAUGGAGAUAAUGCUGCAGCAAAUGGCGUGCAACCAGAGUGUCUAUCAAUUGGUGUUUAUAACCAGUGCACUAAUUGAAGGCACUAAGUGAAGUGAAGUUGUGUGAUGCAUUUGAAGGGAUGACAGUGAUGAUAGCGAGGACGAGGAUGAUAUCGAUGAUGUGUGAUGCAUUUGAAGCGAGUAAAAUCUGAUCUGUUUUUAGCUCUUUUGAUCCAAGUAAUGGAUGCUACGCUUAUUUUGCUAACCUAGGCUUAUUUUGCUAACCAGUGACCCUAGGUUGAAACAAAACAAUUUUGGCUAGUUGACCUUGAGCUAUGUAUGUUCUGGCUGCUGGAACUUAAUUAUGUUAGUUGGCUAUGACUUAUGAAGCAGUAUUGUAUUUUAUUAAUGUAAUUGUGUUGGAGACUUUGUAAUAUGCUUGGAGUGCAAGUGUUGGACACUUUGUGAUAUGUCUGGACUGAAAUUAGUUGAAUAUAUGAAUGUAU